AUGUCCCCGGUGUCCCCAGGCUUCCUGAGCACGGGGGACCAGGCGGCCAAGGGCAACUACGGGCUGCUGGACCAGAUCCAGGCGCUGCGGUGGCUGCACGAGAACGUCGGCCACUUCGGGGGCGACCCCCAGCGCAUCACCAUCUUCGGCUCCGGCGGGUGUCCCCAACGCUUCCUGAGCACGGGGGACCAGGCGGCCAAGGGCAACUACGGGCUGCUGGACCAGAUCCAGGCGCUGCGGUGGCUGCACGAGAACGUCGGCCACUUCGGGGGCGACCCCCAGCGCAUCACCAUCUUCGGCUCCGGCGCCGGCGCCGCCUGCGUCAGCCUCCUCAUCCUCUCCCACCACUCCGAAGGUACCGAAUCUGCCCCAAAAAUCACCCUGGUGGCCCCCAAAAUCAUCCACGGGGUGGAAAUCCCACCCCCAGGCUUCCUGAGCACGGGGGACCAGGCGGCCAAGGGCAACUACGGGCUGCUGGACCAGAUCCAGGCGCUGCGGUGGCUGCACGAGAACGUCGGCCACUUCGGGGGCGACCCCCAGCGCAUCACCAUCUUCGGCUCCGGCGCCGGCGCCGCCUGCGUCAGCCUCCUCAUCCUCUCCCACCACUCCGAAGUCGGUCACUUGGUCAGUCGGUCACUCUGCCCUCCGCCCCGCAGCGACCCCAACCAGCCGGUGCCGCAGGACACCAAGUUCAUCCACACCAAGCCCAACCGCUUCGAGGAGGUGGUGUGGACGCGCUUCGACGGCAAGGACAAGCGCUACCUGCACAUCGGCCUGAAGCCGCGCGUGCGCGACCACUACCGCGCCAACAAGGUCGCCUUCUGGCUGGAGCUGGUGCCGCACCUGCACAACCUGCACCAGCUGCCGCACGCCUCCCCCACCACGCGCCUGCCGCCGCCCGCCGGGCCCCCGCGCCGCCCCCCGCCCACGCGCCGCGCCCCGCCGGCGCCGACGCCGCCACAAAAUGGCCGCCAUGAUGAGGAUGAGGAUGAGGAUGAUGACGGCGACGGGCGGCGGCGCUUCGCGCCCUUCCCCGGCGACUCGCGGGACUACUCCACGGAGCUGAGCGUCACCGUGGCCGUGGGCGCCUCCCUCCUCUUCCUCAACAUCCUGGCCUUCGCCGCGCUCUACUACAAGCGGGACAAGCGGCCGGUGGGGGAGGGGCUGCGGGGGGCGGGGCCGCGCCGCCUCAGCCCCCCGCCCCACCCCCACCCCGCUUCGCGAGGGGGCGUGGCCAGCAAUGAUCUCCUGGGGGGUCGGCACGUUGGCGGUGGGGGAGGGGCGGAGGAGGAGCUGGUGCAGCUGCAGCUGGCGGUGGGGGGAGGGGCGGAGCCCCCCGAGGGGGGGGGCCCGGCGGGACCCCCCGACUACACGCUGGCGCUGAGGAGGGGUCCCGAGGACGUGCCCCCGCUGCUGCCGCCCCCCACCACCAUCACCAUGGUGCCGGGGGGGGCGGGGCUGCAGCACCUCCCCCACUUCGGGGCGCCCUUCCCCCCGCCGC